AUGUUGGUGUUCGUGUUCAGCUUCGCCACUUUGGUGUGCACGGUCGCUGCGCGGCCUUCGCUCAACUACCUGGAGAAUCAGAAUCAUUUCGCCGCGGAGAACGAGUCGGAGGAGGUCCGCUCAGAGGCCAUCAAGAGACUCCUGGAGGUUUUUGGGAUGGAGGACCCCCCUGCAAUCCAUGGACACAAACAGGCACCGCAGUACAUGCUUGAUCUGUACAACACGGUUGCUGAUGUAGAUGGUGUGACCAAGGACCCAUACCUUCUGGAGGGGAAUACUGUGCGCAGUUUCUUUGACAAAUUGCGAAGUGAGCAGGUGGAGUUCAGGUUCAAUCUGUCCACUGUUGCAAGAACUGAGAAGAUCCUAACUGCAGAGCUCCAUCUUUUCAAGCUGCGACCUCAGGCAACACUCACAUUCAACAGACAUCACUUCUGCCAAGUCAGUGUUUAUCAGCUGCUUGACACCACCAAAACCAACAAUACACAGGAGAGGAAGCUGCUGUCUUCUCGACUCAUCCCUGUCCACUCUACUGGUUGGGAGGUGUUCACAAUCACACAAGCAGUUCGCUCCUGGAUGGUGGAUGAAGGCAGCAACCUGGGUCUCCAUGUGGUGGUCCGGACUCUGGGAGGAAGCCCGAUGGAUAUGAAACUGAUCCGCUUUGCUUCAGGACGCAACCACCACCAGAGCAAGCAGCCCAUGUUGGUCCUCUUCACCGACGACGGCCGCCGCUCUACUACCCUGGAGAGCACAGACCCAAACGAUACCGCAGCCACUUCCAGCCUGCCCCAUGCCCCCAUGUCUGGUCCACCCUCCCGCAGCGCUCGUUCCCUGGACUACAGCGAGGAGGAAGGCGCGUCUAUGCCCUGCCAACGCCUGCCUCUCUACGUCGACUUCGAGGAGAUCGGCUGGUCAGGCUGGAUCGUCUCUCCCAGGGGUUACAACGCUUACCACUGCAAAGGCUCCUGCCCCUUCCCCCUGGGUCAGAACAUGAGGCCAACCAACCACGCCACCGUCCAGUCCAUCAUCAAUGCCCUGAAGCUGAUCAAAGGCAUCGAGACGCCGUGCUGUGUGCCGGACAAGCUCUUCUCCAUCAACUUGCUCUACUUUGAUGAUGAUGAGAACGUGGUGCUGAAACAGUAUAAUGACAUGGUGGCUGGAAGCUGUGGCUGCCACUGA